UCAAGAGCGUUCGGAGCAGAGAACCCAGCAUCAGCAGCUCCGCAGGAGGGAUAGACACUUAAAGAGAAGGGGACACUUCGACGCUGUACAUCACUCCAGAUCUGCGAAAAAACUGACUUUAAAUGUUUUUCCUGCAGAUCUGAGGAGAAUAAAGUGCGUUCUCAUUUAGCGAACUGAAUCCUUCACCGUUUUGGGGUGUUCCUCGCUGUAAACAUGGCAUUAGUGGUGCCUGUCCUGCUUCUGCUUCUGCCAAGUCCUGCCCUCUUCAGCCAACAUCUGCAGACAGGAACACAGCGCGUCUCCAGAGACAUCAGACCCCAGCCUAUUAAACUUGUUAUUUCAGACACAUGUGCACAAGAUGGGGCCAAAGACAGAGAGCUAGACUUGGAUCCUGAUUCUCCUCUGGUCUUGACCCAUCGGAUCCGUCUGGUGCCAGGGUCAGGGUCAGCUUGUGGUCAGUGCGAGCUGGACUUCUCAGCCCUGCGCGAUCGCAUCGAGAGACUGGAGAAGGAGGUGUCUGAUCUGAGGGAGAAAUGUGGAGGUCCAGAAGGAUGCUGCAGCUCCCAGCAGAGCAAAGGUUCGGUCUGUACUACCGUUCGUCCCACAACCGACGAGUGCCCGGAUGACUGCAGUGACCAGGGCCGCUGUGUAGAUGGCAAAUGUGUGUGUUUCCCAGGAUUCAGCGGGCCUGACUGCAGCGUGCCCGACUGCCCUGAUGACUGCAGCAGCAGGGGCCGAUGUGUGAACGGUCAGUGUGUGUGUGACCCAGGCUUCACCGGCCCGGACUGCUCCUCCAGCACAUGUCCAGAUGACUGCAGUGACAGGGGCCGCUGCGUGAACGGCAGGUGUGUGUGCGAUGCCGGCUUCACCGGGCCUAACUGCGGGACACGGGGCUGUCCGGAUAACUGUAACAAGCGGGGCCGCUGCGUGAACGGUCAGUGUGUGUGUGAUGCAGGGUUUACUGGGGCUGACUGUGGAACACGGAGCUGUCCGGCUAACUGCAAUAAAAGGGGCCGCUGUGUGAAUGGAAAAUGUGUGUGCGACUCAGGGUAUGCUGGUCAGGACUGCUCUGAGACGUCCUGUCCUGGGAACUGCAAUGACAGGGGCCGAUGUCUGAACGGACAGUGUGUGUGCGAUCCUGGCUUCUCUGGGCCCGACUGCUCUGUCAGAACAUGUCCAGACAACUGCAACAAUCGUGGACAGUGUGUAAACGGCAAGUGUGUGUGUGAGAGCAGCUUUACGGGCCCCGACUGCUCGUCCAGAUCUUGUCCUGGAGACUGCAGAAACCGCGGCAGAUGCGUCGAUGGCCGCUGUGUGUGUGACAGCGGUUUCACUGGACCGGACUGCUCGGUCAAGACUUGUCCCAAUGACUGCAAUAACAAAGGCAGAUGUGUGAACGGGAAGUGUGCCUGUGAUGUGGGCUUCACCGGUCAGGACUGCUCCACCAAAACCUGCCCCAACAACUGCAGUAACAAGGGCCGCUGUGUGAGGGGCCGCUGCGUGUGCCGGCGUGGCUUCACGGGGCCAGACUGUAGCGAGUGUCAGUCUGGGUUCACAGGGGAAAACUGCGAGACUGCUCUGGCGGGUGUCUCGCGUCUCAACACCAGGGACAUCACCGAUUCAUCUGUCACUGUGUUCUGGACUCCACCUGCUGUGCAGUACGACACCUACCACAUCAGCUUCACCAGCAGGAAAGAAACAGAUCAAAAAAUAAGCUCUAAAAUUGCUGGCAGACUGAGCACCUACACUCAGAUUGGACUGGCCGCAGGACAAGAGUACACGGUCAGCAUCACCGGAGAGAAAGACAGCACGAUGGGAACAGAGAGCACAGCAGAAUUCACCACAUUGAUCUCUGGCCCAAAAGACUUGCAAGUUGUGAAGACAACCACUACAUCGGUCAUUGUCCAAUGGGAGAAGGCCCAGGGGGAGAUUGACAGGUACGUCCUCUCCAUUGCACCCAAUCAGACAGAUGGAUCGAGCAGACUUCCAGAGAUGAGCCUGCCGCCCGAGAGAGAUUCAGCCCAGAUUGAUGGCUUGGAGCCGGGCCGCUUGUAUGACAUCUCAUUAGUGGCGGAGAAAGAUAGCAUCCGGAGCCUGCCAGCAACUGUACAGGCAACUCCUGGGAAUGCCUCAGUGCCUGUGACCAGAAUGACCACAGAGACGCUGACAGAUGACAUCAAAGAAAAGACACCAAGUUUCACAAACACAACAAUUGAAAAGCAAGGACUGAGCAAAGGGGGCCAAGUGACAAAAGGAAAGGUUGACAAUCCAGAAAGAACAGGGAAUAUGAGCAGACUCAAAACAGGCAUACUUCUUAGACCUGGGCAGAAAAGACCACAUGGGACACUUCCCAGAACCGGUACACAAACCAUAAGAAGAGCUUAUAGUCCAGAGAUAAAACAUUUCAAUUCUUCCCAGAUAGGAGCAAAGGGGAGAAUUGUUGUGCCUUUUUUAAAUAAGUCAAGAACAUUGUAUCCUCUGAGACCAAGAAACCCUAACAUAGACUCAGCUUCUCCUGUCUCUGAUGGUAAACCACUGGCACUGAAACUGAAAGAGACCAGAUCUCAGGAGGGAAACGCAAACGCCAACUUUAGAAGAGUAUCUGACGAGACACCUGGACAUGCCACCCCUCUGCCAUUCACACACGCCACCGAAUCAACCGAAGAGCCAACAAUUACAACAGAAAAAAACCUUACAGCCUAUAUUAAUGGGUCAAAAUGUGUCCGAAAAGUUUUGGUUGGGUACAGAAAGAUACAUGGAAACAUGUCAGAUGGCAAUGCACUGACCAAAAAUCUGACCGUUAUAGUUGGCCAUUUAAAUGGUAAUGAUCUCUUACAGAAACUUCUGACAGACCGAUCUACAUUUAAUGAAUUGGGGGUUUCAGGUCCUGAAGCUGAGACAUCUGAAGCCAGAAGAAGCGUGAAAGAGCAAGAAGGAGAGGAAGAAAUUGAUGAAGAAACAGUGGAAGAGAAUGCAAAUGUAAUGAAUGCCACUCCCAUUUCAACGAGACAGCCUGAGACAACACUUUACCAGCCCCUCAGCACCACAUCUGCUCCUCCAUCCCUACACCUCCAUACACCACAAUCACUGGCACAAACUGAGAGAGUGAAACAACAUACAGCAAGAAAUUGGUCAAUAGCAAAAAGACCACCUAGAAAAAACAGUAUGCAAGCAUUUUCACUAUCCGUCCCCAGGCAGCCAACAAGACCAAAAGCCCCAGGUCUGGCUCCUCCACCAAUAGUACGUAGGCCACUUUUUAAGUCAAAUUCCUCUUCCUUGUCUUUAGAGACACAAAAACACAAGCCUAGUCCCAUCACCUCUCAUUUUGCAAAAAAAACACGUGUUGAGAAUGAAGUGCUAAAUUCAGUUGCACCCUCAAGACAAUUCCAAGAUUCAACUCCUGAACCUGUUCACAAUCUCAAAACUGAGACUUCAACUUCACUGCCAUUGACUCCAGUGCCAGUCAAAUUCUCCCUGAAAAAUAACACUGCUAUAAAAAACAUCGAAGGCAUCGAAGAAUCAAAUCUGAUGUCGUAUCGGCGCACACAGUUUAGGGGUUCUUAUCCUCGUCGUCCUUUUCAGAACCGUACGAGGACAAUUGUAGAGUCACCUCAUCAACCCCGCCUGGGACCCGCAAGAUGGUCUUUUCCUUCAAAACCCAUUAUCAGAAACAACAGGACUAUCAACCGAGGUGGUCCUAACCAACCAGUAAACGCUGCUUUAACCCCUGCAAAAGAAAAUAGUACUAGUAUUAAGCUUAGACCGAAUGUAAUUCUCAACAGGACCAAUGGAUCAUUCAGCAGAAAUUCCCAAAUAAAACACAGCGGUAAUACUCAAGAGAGCCUAAACAUCAGUCAGAAUGGAAAAGGAAACUCUGACAGUUCUUCUUCCACAGGCCAUCUCACGGAAAAUAAUAAUAGCUCUCAGGAAUAUGUGUUGGGCGAAACAGAUGGCUCCAUUGAGCAUGUGGGGGUCAACAAUGUGACAUCAACAGGUCUUGUACUAAUAUGGGGUGCACCGAAAGGAAAGUUCAAACACUUCAUAAUCACUCAAACUGAGCUUGGACCAAAAAACAGAGACAAGGAUGAAAACGGGCAGAGUGAGGAAAAAGGAAAAGAUGAUGAUGAUGAUAAGACGGGCUUUAAGACAAUAGCAGCAAAGAAAAGUAGUUUGAUCAAGGGAAAAAGUGUAGUCUAUGAACUUGUGCCUAACGUACAGAGUACAAAGAUGAACAGGAGUGGAGAAAACAUUACAAGUUUUACUACAGUUCUCCCUGGAACGGCCCGCUCACACCAAAUGGCAAAUCUCUCACCACAGACCAGGUACUCUGUGUCCAUCCUCGGGAAGGGACCAGCGUUUCACUCACAACCUCACAACCUCAUCGUACAUACAGGCCCAGAGCCUCCAUCCAAUCUCGCCUUCAGCGACGUGACCGACAGCUCUUUCAUGGUGUCCUGGACCAAACCCAAGAGCAAGGUGUCUGGAUUCAAGAUCACGUACACUCACGUGCAAGAAGGUGAGCCAAUCUCGGUGAGCUUGGACUCAGAAACGGUCCAUCUGGCGCUCUCACCGCUGUCUCCCGGCUCCACCUAUGAUGUUCGUGUUAUGUCUGUACUCGGACAAGACGAAAGCGACUCCAUCCAGGACACCGUAACCACCUUGCCCGACCCACCGACAGACCUGAGGGCCGUAAACGUCACAGACGGUAAAGCCCUGCUGCUGUGGAGACCUGCCUUGGCUACCGUCGAUCAUUAUGUCAUUGUGUACAGUUCUGACACAGCACCUGGGCCUGGAAUCAGCAUCAGAGUAUCUGGGAACGCUGCAGAAGAGCAGCUACAGGCGCUGCAGUCGUCCACAAGGUACAGGGUGAGUGUUCAGAGCCAGCUGAGAGACCAGAACAGCUCCAGAGCCACCACAGCAUUCACCACAUCCAGCGGUGAAAAAAGGGAUGGUCCUCGUGAUCUCAAAGCCAGUCAUGUUACUCCCCGUACAGCGGUUUUGUCUUGGAAAGCACCUAUAUCAGCCGUCAGCAGUUACAAGCUGAGCUAUUACACGGAUGGCCAGGAAAUUCAGGAGGUGAUUCUGGACCCCACAGUCCAGGAGCUGAAGUUGAACAGACUGUAUCCAUCGUCAACAUACACAGCUCACCUGAGGGCCGAGCGGGACGGUCUGUACAUGAGCGCCAUCUCCACAGACUUCACCACCGGGACUCUCCGGUUCCCGUUUCCCACUGACUGCUCUCAGGAGAAGCAGAACGGAGCACUGGAGUCUGGUGUGGUGGAGGUGUUUCCACAGGGAAAACCGCUGGAGGUGUACUGUGACAUGGAGAGCGAUGGGGGAGGAUGGACGGUCUUUCAGCGAAGAAAGGAUGGGAAGAUGAACUUCUUCAGGAGCUGGCGUGAAUACAGCAUUGGAUUUGGAGCACUGGAUGGGGAAUUCUGGCUCGGAAAUGAGCAUAUUCAUAACUUCACUAAAAUGAGUCCAAUGACACUGAGAGUUGACCUCAGAGCCGGAAACGAGUCUGUGUACGCACACUAUUCCUCGUUCUCCAUCGACACUGCGAAAAAACACUACACCAUCAGAGUGUCUGGAUAUUCUGGCACCGCUGGAGACUCACUGAUGUACCAUAAUGGACGGGCGUUCUCCACACGGGACAGAGACCCUCAGCCUUUCAUCACGCGCUGUGCCAUGUCCUACAGAGGCGGCUGGUGGUAUAAGAACUGCCAUGAGGCCAAUCUCAACGGCCUCUAUAACACCAACACCAACCACCAGGGAGUGAUCUGGACUGCGUGGAAAGGCAAGGAUUUCUCCAUUCCCUUCACUGAGAUGAAAUUCCGCCCAGCCUCAUUCAGGCCCUGAACACAGAGAUAAACGCAUUAGUGCAGGAGAGCUGGGAUGAGGCGGGAGGCCCUCCCGUUAUGGACAUAAACCGAAACACACCAGCAUUGAAAAACAAGCAUCAUUACUGCACAUAUAACCACACAAUUAGGCUACAUAACUACAUCUACACACAUACUCCAAUUGAAUUGUCAAGGCCAAAAAGGCUGUUUAUCUGUAGUCUAUAUGUAGUAUUGUACAGUGUUUGGAUUGGAUUCUGUGGUCUGUGCAUUGUGACACCCCACAACAGCUGGAGGAAAUAUUAUGCACUGCCACCUUCUCUACGAUGAAGCUGUGGACUAGGUGUCACAUAUCAGCUUGAACUAUCACUUUGAAUUGUAUUCGUACUACUUCGUAUGUACCAUAUUUCAGUGUCUUACAUGGACAUUUCACAAAUUAAAAAAGUUGUAAGUUGGUAUAUGUUAGUGUUUUAACAUUCUAUGGUUCUAUAAAAAUAUAUAUUUGAUAUUAAAAAAACAUGCUAACAUUA